ACAUUGUGGGGGCCCACUCCAUGUGAUGUUUGCUUGGUUGCCUGUUCCCUUUUCUACCUGCAGAGCACAGUUCCCAUAAGGGCAGCGGGAUCAGCCUCCUGUCUCAUCUGGAAGACCACCACUCUGGGGUGUCAGAGGAAUGAUGGAAGCCUGGGGGUUUCUAAAAUUGGAAGUGAAUGGCCCCAUGGUGACGGUGGCCCUGUCAGUGGCUCUCUUGGCCCUCCUGAAGUGGUACUCCACGUCAGCAUUCUCAAGACUGGAGAAGUUAGGCCUCAGACAUCCAAAGCCUUCUCCUUUUAUUGGAAACUUGACAUUUUUCCGCCAGGGUUUUUGGGAAAGCCAAAUGGAGCUCAGAAGGCUGUAUGGACCUCUGUGUGGGUACUAUCUCGGUCGUCGGAUGUUUAUUGUUAUUUCUGAGCCAGACAUGAUCAAGCAGGUGUUGGUUGAGAACUUCAGUAACUUUACCAACAGAAUGGCAUCAGGUUUGGAGUUCAAGUCGGUAGCCAACAGCGUUCUGUUUUUACGUGACAAAAGAUGGGAAGAGGUCAGAGGUGCCCUGAUGCCUGCUUUCAGUCCUGAAAAGCUGAACGAGCUUGGACUUUUAAUCAUGCAAGAGAGAAUAAAAGGUCACAUGGGUGGCCAGCAGGCUCCACAAAGAAUUCCACCCACCCGUUUGUUGAAGCUGAGUGGUAUCUAUGUGAAUCUUCACUAUGCCAUUCUACCUUUCUGUAUGGUUCCCCUCAUCAGCCAAGCCUGCGACCUUCUCCUGGCUCAUUUACAACGCUAUGCGGAAUCUGGGGACGCAUUUGACAUCCAGAGGUGCUACUGCAAUUACACCACAGAUGUGGUUGCCAGCGUCGCCUUUGGCACCCCCGUGAACUCCUGGCAGGCCCCUGAGGAUCCCUUUGUGAAACACUGCAAGCGUUUCUUCGAAUUCUGCAUCCCCAGACCUAUCCUGGUUUUACUCUUAUCAUUUCCAUCCAUAAUGGUCCCACUGGCCCGGAUUUUGCCCAAUAAGAACCGAGAUGAACUGAAUGGCUUUUUUAACAAACUCAUUAGGAAUGUGAUUGCCUUGCGGGACCAGCAAGCUGCCGAAGAGAGGCGGAGAGACUUCCUCCAGAUGGUCCUGGAUGCCCGACAUUCUGCGAGUCCCAUGGGCGUGCAAGACUUUGACAUCGUCCGAGAGGUUUUCUCCUCUACUGGGUGCAAGCCGAACACUUCCCGGCAACACCAGCCCAGACCCAUGGCCAGGCCUUUGACUGUGGAUGAGAUUGUGGGCCAGGCCUUCAUCUUCCUCAUCGCUGGCUAUGAAAUCGUCACCAACACACUUUCUUUUGCCACCUACCUACUGGCCACCAACCCUGACUGCCAAGAGAAGCUUCUGAGAGAGGUAGACCUUUUUAAGGAGAAACAUAUGGCCCCUGAGUUCUGCAGCCUCGAGGAAGGCCUGCCCUAUCUGGACAUGGUGAUUGCAGAGACGCUGAGGAUGUACCCACCAGCUUUCAGAUUCACACGGGAGGCGGCUCAGGACUGCGAGGUGCUGGGGCAGCGCAUCCCCGCAGGUGCUGUGCUAGAGAUGGCCGUGGGUGCCCUGCACCAUGACCCUGAGCAUUGGCCUAGCCCGGAGACCUUCAACCCUGAAAGGUUCAAGGCUGAGGCCCGGCAGCAGCACCGGCCCUUCACGUACCUGCCCUUCGGGGCCGGCCCACGGAGCUGCCUCGGGGUGCGGCUAGGGCUGCUGGAGGUCAAGUUGACACUGCUCCACGUGCUACACAAGUUCCGGUUCCAAGCCUGCCCUGAGACCCAGGUACCGCUGCAGCUAGAAUCCAAAUCUGCCCUAGGUCCAAAAAAUGGUGUCUAUAUCAAGAUUGUAUCCCGCUGACACAGAAGGCCGCCGGGUGGGGGGAGGGCACCCCCAAAUUCAAAGAAAACCCUAAGUGUGAAUGUUCAGAAUUUUGGAAAAAUGUCACUGAAGUGAUUGAAAGAGUGCUUGGCAUGCAAGGAUAAGAGGUUUUUUACGUAACAUUUCCUAAAGGCUUAAUAAACGUUUAUUGCACUUGGUUUUGACAUUGCCAA